GCAAAAAACAGCUAAAAAUAUUCUGCCGUUUUGUUCUUUGUAAAAAAUUGUCUUCAUCAACAAAACCUGUAGUGCCCGACGGGAAACGAGUCUCGCCCAAUGGCUCUGUCCAAUGUGCUCAUCCUUAGCCAGGUGGCCGGCCAUGUCAUCGGCCUGAUCCUGUCGCUGUGCAUGUUCAUCCCCCUGUCGGUCCAUGUCCAUUCGUUCAAUGGCCACUGUUUGCUCUUUGCCACCGGAACGUGGCAGGAGAAGGAUGGACUGUUCGACGUGAGGUGGGCCUCGGAGGCUUACUGCAACUACCCGAUCCUGGUGGGAGUGGCCCUGUUCAUCAUCUCCGGAUUACAGAUCUAUCGCUUGGCCAUUCUGGUGUACCGUGAGCUGGAGAGUUCCUUCCUGGCGCUGUUCUUCGAUGUGGUUUUCAGUGUUAGUCUGUGUGCAAUGACGGUCAUUGCUGCGAUUAUCAUCACGCUUGGGUUCAUGACCUGGUGCGGAGAUAUGACAGAACGUUUCCCCUCUUGCGAGGUGGCCGACGGCCAGAACAUCACCACCGUCGAGCUGAAUAUUCAAACGUCCGGGUUUUACAUUGAAAUGGGCACGGCCCAGUUCGGGGCCUGGGCAUCGUUUGCCACUUGGGUGGGUCUGUCGGUGUUUGCCCUGCUGAAGCUUAUCAACAAUCACCAGUUGCGCAACAUGAAGGUCUCGAUGUACAUCGAGCGGCAGCGGCUAGUCAACGAGGAUGUGUACAGGGGAACGACCUCGGAGCUACCGAGCGGAGCAGGGGCGGCGGACUUGAUGGCUGGUUCUCCCGGAGAGAACCAGCUGGAUUGAGCGUGCUACAAUUAAGUAUUCGAAUCAAUUAUUAACAUUAUCACUUUACCAGAUAACAAUGCAGUUGUGGUCGAUUGUGGGAAAACUAUAGUGGAGAUUCCAAAAAUGUGAUUUGUCAGACAAGUGAUUGGAUAAUCGUCAUUCGAUUCCAUAUUUUAGUAACUUAAUGUAGUGUUUCACAGGGGGAAAAUGCCGAACAAAAUUUAUACUUUCUGAUUGUUUAUUUUGCAUUGCUGUAAUGAGUUGAUCUAUUCAUUCUACACCAUAAUAUUAUUCUACAAAAUAUUUAGUAAUCCUUGCGUAAAGCAUCCAUUCAAUUAUGAUAAAGGAAC